UUAUAAUAUAUACAUAACUAUCGGCAAGACAUAUAGAGCUUACACAUACAUUAUGAAUUCUUCAUUCUGCUAGCAAAUAAUGCAUCUAAAGAUUAUUUAAAUGCAAACAUAUUUUGAGCAUUUUUGAUGCCGUUGGGAAGUCCUUUCCAAAGACGGCCUGCAGUAUUGUUUCGCCUCGCUUCGCUUCGCUAAUGGAACAACACCUUAUAACAAGAAAGUGAAACAAUAAAAACUGCGCAGUAGUUAAAACACAUAAUAAAAUUGAGAUGGUAAAUGAAAUGCCGUCCGUAGCUUUAUAAAUAAAAUACCAAUAAUAUAUUAACGAGAAAUUCGGUUCUUAAUCAAUAGGUAUGAUGAAUCAAGUGUACGAAGUUUUGAAGACGAAAUUUGAUGAUGGUUACGUCGACUCGCCUCUGGAUUUCAAGUAUGUGGUACAACUUCAAUUCUUGAUGAACACUGUAGGCUCCUGGCCAUAUAAGCAAUUUGGAAGAAAUCGAGUAGCGGCCAUUUUGUCUACGUACAACGCCUUUCUAAUACUUGUUGGCACCACUGUGUGCGGUUUGGGAUUAAUCUAUAUGCGUGUGAAUAUAGUAAAACUGUCGUUUUUUGAUUUGGGCCAUAAUAUUUUGUGUUGGCUUUUAGAAAUCUUGUAUCUGCAAAGAUUGAUAACAGCAAGGACAAAUAAAUAUCAAGAAACAAUAAAGGAUUAUUUACUUGACUUCAACUUGUUUUACUUCAAAGGCCGGUCACCAUAUGCUGCAAAGGUACAUGCGCAAAUCCACAUCAUAUCAGGAAUGUUCACGAUCUACGUGAUGUGGCAGAUGGUCAUCGGAGUGUCUCUGUUCAUGUUCAUGCCGUGGUUCAAUAACUAUAGCAGAGGCAUGUUCGGCGAAAAUCGGCCCCAAAACAGCACGUUCGAGCACUCUGUAUAUUAUUAUCUAUCUCCUGGCAUAUAUACAACUGAAGAGGAAUAUUGGCUAUUAUUCAUAUUCAAUUUUUCACUUUCCUAUGUAACCACAAUUGGCAUGUGCGUUUUUGAUCUCUUACUGAUCUUGAUAGUUUUCCAAAUUUGGGGGCACCUGAGGAUUCUGAAGCAUAACUUGGAAAAUAUUCCACUGCCGGAAAACAGUAUUAUGUACUCAGUUGAAGAAAAUAAUAAUAUACGAAUAUUGUUAAAGGAGAAUAUAUUACAUCACAAUCUUAUUGUAAAAUUCGUGGACAGAUGCUCGGACGCAUUCAGCGAAUAUUUGUUCGCAUUCUACAUGUUGAUGCAGCUCAUCACCUGCAUCUUACUACUGGAAGUCACGUCGUUCUCCGCAGACUCGCUGGCGAAGUACGGCCCCUUAACCGUCGUCAUUCAUCAGCAGUUAAUACAAGUGUCUAUAAUGUUCGAGAUGUUGAACACCAAGAGUGAGCAGUUAAUCGACGCCGUAUACGCCAUCCCGUGGGAGCAUAUGGACACGAAGAACAGGAGAACUGUGUUGUUUUUCCUGCACAGGAUCCAGACCCCAGUCAGUCUGAAGGCCGCUAAGGUCGUCCCUGUGGGGGUCAACACUAUGUUUGCGGUUCUGAAGACUACGUUCUCAUAUUACAUGAUGUUGAAGACUUUAGCUGGGGAGCGAUAAAUCAAGUAGGAGCGAAAACAUCCAUACAUACAUACAUAAAUGGUUUGUCGAUACCUACUCACAUCACUGGAUUAUCGACAUGUCGACUAUUGCCCAUCACUUUUCUGUCUGUGUACAUAUUAAUAAACUAGACCCCGCCCCUAAAAUUAGUGCGAUAAGGACAACUGCAGCUUUGGCGAAAAAUCCUCUGUAAAAAUCUCAAAAAUCGAGGUUUCGUACUCGACUGUUUCCUCCUCCAAAAUUUAACCAAUCAUAAUCAAAUUUGGAAAUAUAAAUGAUUAUUAAAUUAUCUGUGUCGGACUGUUUUGAAUUUGUGGCUACUUGAUAGGUACCAGUUUUGAAUACCACGCUUCGCUUUGCGGCAUAGUCAAUUAGGCCGUUUUUUGCCAUCUUUGAAAGGCUUUAGCGCUUUCAAAAACAAAAAUAUCAAAAAAAUCAAAACAAAC